AUGGUGAGCAAGGAGGGUGGCAAAUGCAUGCUCACCAACUCAGAGUCGGACUCAGAGGCAGCACCCUCGCCCUCUGCCUCACUAGCACUGGAGGUAAACUAUUCACUGGAAGCCAGCCGGCAGGUGAGGAAGAGAAACAAGGCCCUCCAAGUGCGCUUCAAGGACAUCUGUGAAGCACAGAAUGAGCAAAGGGAGGCGGCGCUACAUGCAGCGGGGAAGGCCGGCAAGCCCGCCUCAUACAAGGCAGCGUACCGAAAGUAUAUGACCGUCCCUGCUCGCCGAUCCAUCCCCAAUGUCACCAAGAGCACAGGCGUGCAAACAUCCCCGGACCUAAAGAAACGCUACCAGACCUUCCCAUUCGAGCGAAAGAAAGACAAAACCUUUAAACAUGUGGCAUCGGUGGAGCGCUAUAAAGGUCAGAACAACGGCUUUGUUGUGGAAGUGAAGCAGUCCAAGACUGCUGAACAGGGUUUAGAGGAGGAGGAGGAGGAGGGAGCCUGCGGGGGGAGUGGAGUCCGGAGGACCAGGGCUCUGCUCCAUACUAAUGAGUGCAUUGCCACAGUGGAGCAGCACACUGCACCUGAUGGCCAGUGUUCCGAUGCUCUGCUGCUGAGCUGCUCUGUGGACACAGGCUGCCUUCAGGACACACCUAAAGGAGCCGGAGCUGGAGCACAGGCAGGCUACCAGCUCUGCAGCGUGCCGUCCAGACCUGGGACAGGAUUACAUCGCAGGGAGGCCGACGAGGCGGAGCGCUCGUCCAAGAGGCAGCUGUCAAAUCUGGAGGAGGGCUCUUCCCGGACACUGCCGGACAGGACCUCCAAGGUCACGGGCCCCAUUGCGUGGAACUCCCUCACGCAGGUGGAGUGCCUGGAUAGCCCGUCUGUGCGGAGCAAGCGUAAGAAAGGCCUGCAGCUGAACGGCCUGCAGUCUCAGACGCUGCCGCGCGCUGGUGGGGGGUGCACGACGCAAGCGCAGUGCCACGCGGGCCAGUUGUCUGCGCGGCCCCUCCGGGCCAUGGAGGACCUUCUGUCACCCUGUGGCAUUGGAGAGUCCAGGGAAGCGCCGGCAGACCCAAGUUCGGGGGAGGCCUGUAAACAAAUAGUGCCUGUGUCUCAGGAGGGGGAUGUUAAAGCACAGCUGCAGGCCAUGGAGAACCUGAUCAGCUCCAGUCAGGAGACCAUCAAAGUGCUGCUCGGGGUCAUCCAGGAGCUGGAGAAGGGAGAGGCCCACAGAGAGGGCCUCUCCUAUCGAACCGGACAGGACACAGCCAACUGUGACACGUGUCGGAACAGCGCAUGCAUUAUUUACAGUGUGGAGCUGGACUUCAAGCAGCAAGAGGACAAGCUGCAGCCACUGAUGAAGAGGCUCUGCCCAACAGAGGACGCCCACUUCCCCCCCCUGCCUUACCCCCAGGAGGCCUUCACCUCCACCCCCAAACGCAAGUCAAAAGCUGACUCCAAGAAGCACGCCCGCUGGAAACUUUGGUUCCUGUGA